AUGCUCAUCUCUUUCGGGAAGAUAGACAGUCCAGCUGGCGACCAGGAGCUCUGCCAGGAAUUUCUCUUACGCACAUUCUUCGAGCAGGUAGCCAAGGGCAAUGAGGAUCAUGAAAAUAUUUUCCGAGAGCCAUUGAAAAUAGCAACGGACUUCCUCCUGCGAAUUGCCUAUGAAGCAAAUGCUAGUUUUGGUGAUUACAAUAAACUCUGGAGACAUAGUGGACAACCUCUCCUGCAGGCCUGUAUUAGAAGUCACCUCAUGCACGACUAUAAUUACCUUGUCUACGAUAACAAUUAUGCAGAGUCAACACGCCGUCACGGAAGUCGAGACAAUGCAGUAUCGGUAGAAACACUAUCGACUUGGAGGGUAUUUUUUGAGAACAAAACUUCGGAACAAUCACUAUCAGCCAAUACCUUUACUGAUAACGAUUCAGUGCAACGCACGAACGAGGAACUACCCAUAGACCAUGAUUCCGGAAAGCGUCCUUCCCCGCUUCAGCAGAUGUUAGAAGACAGCCUCCUUAGCUACAACACAUUUGGUAGUUUGCGAGUAUCAUAA